AAAAAAAAACAAAAUCUAAUUUGGUAUUUUUUCUUCUCAUCAUAACGACGUCGUCUUUGAUAAUUUCAUUCUUAAUUCCUCUCUCUUCCAAAACAGCAGAAAAUUUAGGUGUCGUCUUCAUUCUCUCUCUCUCUUGUUCUCUUCUUUCUUUCUAUCAAAAAUCUUCAACCCUUUAGCCUCUCUGAUCGUUUCCAAUCUCCAAAAGGUCUCGUUAUUACCGUUUCAGAUUCUAUUGGGACUUGUAAAUAACAAAAAGAAAAAGACUUUGUGUUUCAGUAAUCGAUUUUUCAGAUGGGAAGCUGUGUCUCUAAGGGCAAAGACGAUGAUGAUUCAGUCCAUAACGUUGAUUUUGCCGGUGGCAAUGUUCAUCUCAUCACAACAAAAGAAAGCUGGGAUGAGAAAUUAGCAGAAGCUGACCGUGAUGGCAAAAUAGUUAUUGCAAACUUCAGCGCGACUUGGUGUGGGCCUUGUAAGGUCGUGGCACCGUUUUACAUCGAGCUCUCUGAGAAACAUCCUUCUAUCAUGUUCCUUCUUGUUGAUGUUGAUGAACUCUGCGAUUUUAGCUCAUCAUGGGACAUAAAGGCAACACCAACCUUCUUUUUCUUAAAGAAUGGUCAGCAAAUAGGGAAGCUUGUGGGAGCUAACAAGCCUGAGCUACAGAAGAAGGUCACUUCCAUCAUUGACUCUGUACCUGAAAGUCCACAUCGGCCUUGAAGCAUAUCCUUGUGCACUUUCUUUCACGGUGGAAAUGUGUUUUGAAAAAGUCUUUGUGUUCUGAUCAACGGAUGUAAAAUAUGUGAAAGAUUGUCAUGAAUCUUACUUCGAUAUUAUUAUUUUUGAAGCGUCUCUAUCUAAAGGUCAAAUGUUUGUUACUCUGGUUCAAUAGUUUAAUCAUUUGUUC